GUAGUCGUGAAGUACAGCAAAAAUCACGGCUGUUUUGUGCCGACUGGCUUAAGCUUUCCGAGACUGCAGAAGUCGACGAAGCAUGCCAUCUUGUUAUUUGAAAUUGCCAUGACCAAUGGUCACAUGGCUUACCUGAGGCGAUCAUGUCAAGUCCCGCCAAGAAGAGGAAGCUGAACAACGGUUCCAAAAGCGCCAACGGGGCCUCCAAGGGCCUCGAGUUCUUUUUCAACAAGCAGAAACAGAGUAUACCGACGGAGACUCUUCAACAACAGCCUCAGGCUGCGGCAUCGGAUCAGGAGCUCACAGAUGAGCAGUUAGCACGGAAACUGCAAGACGAAUGGAAUCAAGAAGAGGCCUCAAAUGCAGACGCGGACCAGUCCGGCGGGGUUUCAGAAGCCGACAAGCAGACAGCUACUGCUGUCUCUAGCUCAGUGGCGCCUACAGAACAGUCAAAGGUAGGACCCGGGGCAGAGAAUGAAUCAGCCGCAACUGCAAGUGGUCGGAAGAAGACCUUGACUCUGCAGUCAGCAGGCUUGGCAGAGGACUCUAUAACCUCGACGGUACCGUUCGAUGAAUCACCUCUACAGUUCGACCCGUCCAAGUACGCUCGUGAACUGCAGACUGCUUGGUCUGGUGAAGGGGGUGACGCGACAUACGCACUCCUUACCAGGUGCUUUGUUCUUGUCAGCGCCACAGCGAGUCGGAUCAAGAUUGUAGAUACUUUGGUCAAUUGCUUGAGACUCCUCAUUGAGACAGACCCGUCCAGUCUCCUGCCAGCCGUCUGGCUGGCGACCAACUCCAUCUCGCCACCUUACAUCUCACUUGAGCUUGGACUUGGCGGAUCAGCCAUCUCGAAGGCUUUGAAACAGGUCUGCGGGCUCGACAGUCGAUCGCUAAAGGUCAUCUACGACAAGUACGGCGACGCGGGAGAUGUUGCUUUUGAAGCGAAGAAGAAACAAAGCUUUACCUUGAGGAAGCCCAAGCCCCUCACUAUCAAAGGGGUGUAUCAGAGUCUGGUCAAAAUAGCCAACAGCCAGGGCCAUGGCAGCGGCGAGGCUAAGCAACGGCUCGUUGACCGAUUGCUUCAAGAUGCACGAGGUGGCGAAGAAAGUCGUUUCGUGGUACGGACGUUGUGUCAGCACCUCCGUAUAGGCGCAGUCAAAACGACGAUGCUCAUUGCCCUUUCGAGAGCAUUCCUGUUGUCACGACCACCAGGAGCGGACUUUCCAGUCAAGCUUCCCAAGGACUUGGCAAAACUCCGAAAAGAGGAGUUGGCGGAAGUAUGGAGUCGCCCCGAGGAGAUAGUCAAGGCCUGCUUUGCUAAGCGCCCAAACUACAACGAUCUCAUACCGGUGCUCCUCGAGAUUGGCAUUUGCGAGGAGCUAUUGGUCCGAUGUGGACUCACACUUCACAUCCCUUUGCGUCCGAUGCUGGGAAGCAUUACGCGCGACCUGUCCGAGAUGCUCACCAAGCUCCAGGGGCGAGAUUUUGCUUGUGAAUUUAAGUACGAUGGACAGAGGGCACAAAUACACUGCGAUGACGAGGGGAAAGUCUCCAUAUUUUCUCGACAUUUGGAGCUCAUGACAGACAAGUACCCGGAUCUCGUAGAGAUGGUGCCCAAGAUACGGGGCGACGGUGUCAGGAGCUUCAUUCUGGAGGGAGAAGUUGUGGCGGUCGACCGAGAAACCGGAGAGCUCAAGCCAUUUCAGACGCUCGCGAAUCGAGCAAGGAAAGACGUCGCGAUAGGCAGUAUUGCGAUUGACGUCUGCCUGUUCUCAUUUGACCUCAUGUAUCUGAAUGGACAGCCGCUGCUUGACAGGUCAUUCCGCGAGCGAAGAGAGCUCCUUCGAUCUCUGUUUGUCGAGAUACCCCAUCACUUCACGUGGGUGCAAAGCUUAGACGCCACGUCUAGCGAAUCAGAGACUGUCCUCGACUUCUUCAAGCAAGCGACAGAUGUCAAGUGUGAGGGUAUCAUGGUCAAGAUUCUGGACAAUCUUGUGACGGUGCCAUAUGCUGGCAACGGCGACGAUGUCACCAAUGACAUACCCACCACUCCGAAAAGCAAAACAAGAGCAAAGUCGAAAGCCAAGAGCAGUGCUGAUGACGGCGGGGAGAAGAAAUCACGUCGAAAACCACUGCUAGCAACGUACGAACCUGAUAAGCGCCUUGACUCAUGGCUCAAAGUCAAGAAGGAUUACAACUCGAACUUCGAUACCCUCGAUAUGAUACCGGUAGCAGGCUGGCAUGGUCAAGGUCGCAAGGCCAAGUGGUGGUCGCCCAUCCUCAUGGCGGUACGCAACGAAGAUGCCGGUUCGCUGGAGGUUGUGACGAAAUGCAUGUCGGGUUUCACCGAUGCGUUCUACAAGGCGAACAAAGAGUUCUACGACAAUGGCGAGGAAAGUGGCGAGAUGAAGAACACGCACGUUCAGAAGCCAAGCUUUGUGGAGUACUCGGGACCAAGUCCAGAUAUAUGGUUCGAGCCCCAAGAGGUCUGGGAGAUGGCAUUCGCGGAUAUCACGCUCAGUCCGACAUACACGGCCGCUAUUGGGCUUGUGAGCGACGAGCGAGGAUUGAGUAUGCGCUUCCCGCGGUUCUUGAAGAAGAGGGACGAUAAGGGUAUCGACGAGGCCAGCACGAAUGAGUUUCUGGCCUCACUUUGGCGGAAACAGGAGGCCAAGGCAGUCGCAAACGGGGCCGCAGAGGGAACCAAAGACGAUGUAGAGGAUGAAUCAUAGAUAGCAAAGCUCCGUGUUGGGUAUCUUGUUGGCUUGAUGUCAUCGAAGGCUACCUAAUUAGCCCAUCUCGUGUCACGUCCCUUGCUCAUUUCCCAGCAUUGAGCUUUUGUGCAAUAACGCUAAAGACUGCGACUGAUCCCAUGAAGAGGACAGCAUUGUAAAAAGCUUUGCGAGAGACCUGCCGCUCUUCAUUGUCGGUGCGUGAUUCGAUGAAGAGACGGCGCAGAUUUGGAAAGUUGGCCAUGUUGACGGGACAAAGCUUCAGUGGCAGACUACUGGGAUGAUGGCAAGAUGAUCAAUUCUCCUGCUCAUUGUGAUUUGACUAUUGUGCUGUAGUCUUCUCC